CCAAAAAUUUCUGUGAUGUCGAUAUUACCCUUUAUCCCAAACCUUCAUUUUGCCGCCACGGGAGUUCAACAGCAACCAAGGCCGCCUCCAAUGGCGACGGUGCCAACCUACGGCCUUCGUCGGCUGAACUCCGGCAGGCCAUGGAUGCAGAAUUUCCGCAGGUCCUCUAUUCUCUCCUCUGCAAUUCCUGCAAUUCAGGAUUCAGAGGAAUCGCAGUUCGACAGUCCAAAACCUAAGACUCAAUCCUACUUUCCAAAGCGAGGUCAGACCUUGGAGCUCGUCUGCGAAUCCCUGGCUUUCAAAGGAAAGGGCCUGUGCAAGGUGGCUGACACUGGCUUCGUUGUGCUCUGCGACCGUGCACUCCCCGGUGAACGCUUCGUUGGCCGCGUCACUCGCAAGAAAGGGAACUACGCCGAGGUGACUAAGGUGGAGACAAUAUCUCCUCACUGGGACAUUGUGGAUGCCCCAUGUGAAUAUGCUUCAAAUUGUGGAGGUUGUAAGACACAAAAUUUAUCAUAUGAGGCCCAGGUCAGAGCAAAGGAACAGCAAGUCCAGGAGUUGGUGAUACAUGUUGGAAAGUUUUCUGAUAAAGAUCCUGAAUUCUCUAGUAUCAUGAAGCCAAUUGUUCCUUGCGAUAUUCAAUUUCAUUACAGGAAUAAGAUGGAGUUCUCUUUUGCUACCCAAAAAUGGUUACCUAGAGAACUGUUACACGAGAAGGAAGAUGGUGCCAGUGGUUAUGCACUGGGACUGCAUGCCCCUGGCUUUUUUGAUAGGGUUCUGAAUGUCAACAAAUGCUUAUUGCAAAGUGAGCCAGCCAAUACGGUUCUCGCAGCUAUUCAAGAAUGUUGGAGAGAUCCACAAUUCGGCCUAUCUCCAUAUAAUGUUCAUUCUCAUGAUGGAUUUCUUAAGCAUCUGGUACUAAGAACGGGCAGGGAUAUCAAGACCGGUCUACCUGAACUUAUGGUUAAUUUUGUAACUUCAUCUUACAAGCCAGAGCUGCUGAAUCCCCUUGUUGAAAAGAUUUCAGCUAUUCCUGAAGUGGUAAGCAUUGUAAACAACAUAAAUACUUCUGUUGGUAGUACAUCUGUUGGUGAGCAGGAAUAUAUUUUGCAUGGGAAGUCUGCCAUCACUGAACUCUUGAGAGGGCUCACAUUUCAAAUUUCAGCCAACUCCUUUUUCCAAACAAAUACACAUCAGGCAGAGGUGCUGUAUAAACUUAUAGAAGAUUGUGCUGGUCUUAGAGGUGACGGCUCUGAAAUUGUUCUUGACCUGUUUUGUGGAACUGGAACCAUUGGUCUAACACUUUCCAGAAGGGUAAGGCAUGUUUAUGGCUAUGAAGUAGUGGCUCAAGCUGUUUCAGAUGCUCGUCGGAAUGCCAAGCUGAAUGGUAUCUGUAAUGCCACAUUUGUUGAAGGGGAUCUUAAUAAAAUUGGUGAAAACUUUGGCAAGGAUUUCCCUAAGCCUGAUGUUGUCAUUUCAGAUCCAAACCGCCCAGGCAUGCACAUGAAGCUCAUUAAAUUUCUUCUAAAGCUCAAGGCGCCACGCAUUGUUUACGUCUCAUGUAAUCCUGCCACAUGUGCACGCGACCUUGAUUACCUUUGUCAUGGUGUGGUGGAGCAAAAUAUUGAAGGAUGUUACGAACUGAAAAGCUUACAGCCUGUGGACAUGUUCCCGCACACUCCACAUAUUGAGUGUGUUUGCCUGUUGGAGCUUCGUUGAUCCUUGCUUGUUGCCAAGCGCUAAGAAUGGCCAAGCUCAGCCGCAGAAGGUAGCUCUGGUUGGAAGAAGACUCAGAAUAAAGAAGGGUAGGCUGCUUGUAUUUUGGUACAACACAAUUUUUUGAGAUGAGUAAUGGCUGUAUGUUGCUGAGAACAAUAGCAAUAACAUUAUUUUUGUAGCUUUGAAAUAGGCUUGUACAUCAUAUAACAUUAUGAAGAAUUUGCUAAAGUUGAUAUUCUAAUGUGUUUGGACACAAA